CGCUGCCCGCUCCUUCUCUCGCGCGGCAACUCGCUCGCACCCACCCCCGCGCCCGAUCGACAACGUUCCGCCUCCGGACAAACAAACGGACAAGUUUUAAUGUUUUGCUCACAAAGUGUAUGAUUAAACGCGGAGAGCGGCGGAGAGAGUCGGCCGUAAGUUAUUGAUUUUCCCCGACCGAACCCCUGUCGACUACGCGGCUCGCGGUACGGUGCCGGAGCGCUACGCGAAUGUUCCACUUUUCAACUCUUUAUAAACAACGUUGAAACUACUUUUGGCAUAUCAUAGGUACUUGAAAUUACUUUUUUUAGAUAAUUAAAAUACUUUUUUAUACCCGGGAAGCGUCGAUAAGUUGUUAAAGUGAGUUUGUUGUGAGAAAAGUUAGUGGUGGCUGCGCGACCGUACCGCGAGCCGCACAAGUCGCGCACCCUACAACUUCACGUCGCUCUACGUUCCGAAGUUAACGCAAAGUUCCGCCAUUUUGGAACAUGCUCACAACCCACUUGUUUUAUAAAGAAACUUUUUAUUAAUUCCUGUGGGCCGCGGAGUGUCAGUAAGAUGUUUUGAGGUUAUGCUGAAAGGCGAAACACUGUUUUCUGACUCGGAGGCCGUGUUAUAGUGCUGCUGUGACUGUGUACGCGACAAAUGAUAGUGUUUCAGUGGAUUUAAGAUAUUGUUUUGAAGUGUAACUCGAGUGACGUUCGUAUGAUGCUGUUGUAAUUUGUGUUUACUUCUGGCGGCUGCUAGGAGGACGCUACAAUCACUUUUUGACCUUGCUUAUGGCCCGGGUACGCGAAUAAGUGACAGAAUGUCACGCAAAUCCCGGCAGGGGUACAGCAUCCGUCACCUGCUCCAGUUGCCGAAUGCGCCACGCAGCCCGCCCGCCGCGCCGGCGCACCCUCCCGCGCCCUGCGUCAAGGCUUCGUUACGGCAUCGGAUGCCAUCGCCAUCAGAUCAAGAUGCGCGUGACUGCAACGAAGACGACGGGAAGAAGGAGGAUGAGGAACUAUAUCUACAACAGAUAACACACAAACUAUUCAGGCCGUCCACUUCGAAAGUGACGGCGCCGCUGAACGCGCAGCCUAAUCUCUCGCAAAUCAACAAACGGCGGUUGGAGUUUGGCGUAGAUGUAGAGACAUUCAAGCUGAACGACCGGCGCCUGGAUCGGAUCAGCAGUGAAGGCUCCAUGGAUGAGGAAGAGGUGAUCAACAAACGACGGCGAAGACUGCUAGAUGACGAGCGAAGAGACGAACUUGACUUAAGAUGUCGUGCCAUGCCCAUGCUGCGGCCGCACACCAUCCGACAAACUGACGUCGACGAUGAAACGCUUAUCAAAGAAACACAAGCCGCGCUUAUAACACUCUCAGGGAGCUGGCCUCGCGAGCAAGCCGCACAGCACAGCGGCGACGAAAACGAAGAUGCGAAUGGCUUCGAAAACCUAUUCACUGAUAAACGUUCUGAAAAAAUGUUACCUACUUCCCCGACGCCGUCUUCGGAAAGUGCGGACGGAUCACACAAAAGUUAUUCAAUGCGAUAUCCGCCCGAGGAACACGAUUUAAACGGCACCAGCGAAAUGGAAGACAAAAUAAACAGGGCGAGGGAGAGAAAUGAAGAUUACGACAGGCAGAGCAAACAUUCCAACAACUACGACGGACCCAACUUCGAUGAACUUGGCGACUCGUCUUCCAACGAACUUGAGAUAGACAUGUCCGACAGAUGUGACGAUAAAUAUGACGUCGACAUCGACAUGAAACCGAAACGGAAAAGCGAAGUGGUAUCAGUUAAUAAGCAGUCAUUAUACAACGCUUACAAGGCGGCCACUGCGGCUUUACCUUAUUCAACGCAGUCCGCUUUUAAACCACCGGCAGAAGUAAAGCACAGGAUUCACGGAGCGACUCUUCCCAGCGAACCUUUCGGCGGUUAUUCGAACGACCACGAUAAGAGUUCCAUUCACAAGGGCUCGAAGCAGUAUACGGUGCUGCAGCCGGCCGGCGCUGGGUCCCGCGCGGCGACGGCGCUGCAGGAGGCGCGCACGGUGCCCUCAGCGCAGCCGGCGCGCGACUCCCGCCCGCUCUCCGCGCUCUCCCCGCCGGUCGUCAGAGAAGGCAACAAGUGUCCCACACCGGGGUGCAAUGGGCAGGGCCACGUCACCGGCCUUUACACACACCACAGGAGUCUGUCAGGAUGCCCAAGAAAGGAUAAAGUCACACCUGAGAUAUUGGCGUUGCACGAAACGAUCUUGAAGUGCCCGACGCCGGGGUGCAACGGCCGAGGCCACGUGAGCUCCAACAGGAGCACGCACCGCUCCUUGUCCGGGUGUCCGACCGCCGCCGCGCGGAAAGCCGCCGCCAGGUCGCAAAGAGCUAGACCACAAGUGCCUAUAUCAACUGCGAUCACGAUAUCGAGCGAGUGCGUGCCGAGCGCGCGAGGCGGCGAGCGGGAGCAGGCGCCGUCGCCGCACAGUCCCGCCGUGAAGCGCGAGGCUGCCGAGCUGCUGGUGCCGAAGCGCGAGGCCGCCGAGCCCGAGCGCGACUCCCCCGGCAUGGAGACGCGCCACGCCGGCUACGGCGCGCCCACCGACCAGCGCUCGCCGUACGACCGGCCGCCCGACGAUCACGUCCGCUCCUACAGUCAAAUGAACGAGGCGCGGUACGGUUACGAGACGCGGUGCUAUGAGGGCGCGCCGGCGUUCGAGCGGUACGACCCGCAGUGUCCGCAGCGGCCGUACGGGUGGGAGGAGGAGCGCUACCACGAUCCACACUUACCCACGCCCAUGAAGACCGACCAGUCCGAGCAGGAGACCACCUCCGGGCCGAUAUACCCUAGACCAAUGUACCACUACGAAACUGGUGGUGGGGUGGGCGCUGUGAGCGCGAUGGGCCCCGGCGUGCCCCCCGGCUUCUCCGCGAUCAACCUCUCGGUGAAGAUCGCGGCGGCGCAGGCGCAGCGGCCACGCAGCCCCACACCUAGGGAUCCCAGGGAUCCGCGUCCGGCCAUAGAUCUGUCAAGUUCUAGUGGUAGUCCACAGGGUCCCUACGCCUCGCCGGUGUACACGAGCGCGGGCGGCGGAAGCGCGGGCGGCGCGCGCGGUAGCCCGCAGCCGGGAGCCUCGCCCCAACUCACCGCCAGCCCCCAAGUGCCCAGUCCGCAGGGCCAGACCCUUGACCUUAGCGUGUCCCGUUUACCACAUAGUCGCGGCUUUCCUGGCGCCGUAUCGUAUAGUCGAGAAUCAACGCCGGACAGCGGCGGCAGCCAUCCUUACCUAGAAGCUUAUCAUCGAGACACAGCUGGAUAUGGAGGUGUAAGUCCGCACCCAGUGGCCAGUUACGGGCUGGGCCAGCCGGACUACGCGGCGGCGGCUGCUGCAGCGGGGUACGGUGGCUACCAGUACCAGUGUGGCGCGUACCCUCCUCCUCCCGCGUACCCCCCGCACGCCCCUCCGUACUCGCCGCCGUGCUACAUGCCGCCGCCGCACGCGCCGCACGACAAACCCAAGGACAGCAGCUUGUCCGGGUGCCCGCGCGCCGACCGCUCACAGCUGCAGCCGCACUCGCAGGAGCUCAAGUGUCCGACGCCGGGCUGCGACGGCUCCGGCCACGUCACCGGCAACUACUCCUCGCACCGCUCGCUUUCAGGCUGUCCCAGGGCCAACAAGCCCAAGAGCAAACCCAGGGACGGACAAGACUCCGAGCCACUCAGUGCCUCCGGCUGCCCGAUCGCGAAUCGAAAUAAAAUGCGAGUAUUGGAAAGUGGUGGUACAGUGGAACAACACAAAGCAGCUGUAGCGGCGGCAGCGUCAGCCAUCAAGUUCGACGGAGUCAACUGUCCAACUCCUGGAUGCGACGGCUCGGGGCACAUCAACGGCUCCUUCCUCACGCAUCGCUCGCUGUCCGGCUGCCCUGUGGCAGGCGCCGCCACUCCCACUCCGCAGCCAAAGAAACCUAAAUAUCCGGACGACAUCACACCCCUAUAUCCCAAACCGUAUUCAGGUAUGGAGAUGAACAUGCAAACGGGAAACGGUGAGGACCUGAUGACCCUCGAACAGGAAAUAACGGAACUGCAGCGCGAGAAUGCACGCGUUGAGUCACAGAUGAUGCGCCUCAAGUCAGACAUCAACGCGAUGGAAACACAACUCACUCAUGGCGAAAGGGAGAACCAGCUGAUAUCGCAGCGCAACAAUAACUUGAACGAGUAUUACGAGAGUCUUCGCAACAACGUGAUCACGCUGUUGGAGCACGUGAGAAUCCCCGGCGGCGGCACGGCCCCGGUGUCGACGGCGGGAGGCACGCCCGGCGCGCCGCCGCCGCCUGGCCCCGGAGAGAAGCCCGCGCACGACAACUUCGACUCGUACCUCACCAAGCUGCAAACCCUCUGCUCGCCCGACGGCUACUGCCCUGAUGAGAACCGACCCAUAUACGAAACGGUCAAAAAUGCGCUGCAGGACUUCACAGUGCUCCCCACGCCCAUUUAAGGUUCACAAAGCGCCGCCGAAUCUGAGCGACAGUGAAGUGGACGAUUGACGGUAACGAUCGGCGGAGCUUACAUUCAUAAAGGACUGAUGCGGACUUAGUGCAAUUUCUGUUGUUACGUGUUAAAGUAAUCCAUACCAAAGAUUUUUGCAACAGUGCUCGGGGUAAACCAAAGGAAGAUUUAGUGGACAGAGACUGACGGCCCGCAUUUUGGGCUCGUGCAGACGAGUAUUCGUGUUCUACUAUUAGGUAACGAUGUCUAUUUUGUAAACCGUUGUAUACGAUGUGUGACUUCUUUAAGACAUCACAUUUAAAGAUCGAAAGUACGUUCGACUUAUUAUCACUAAGCUGGACUUAUAUAGACCUAAAUAAAUUUUAAACACUGUUACUCAUAUGCUUAAAUUUAAUGUAAUUGUUAGGAAGAAGUUUAUACUAUUGUACGUACGUAAGCGAUUUUAGCCACACAAGCACAUGAAGAUAUCGUUUGAAUGUAUAUAUUGUAACUAUGUUUCGAUAUAAUGUAUAUGUUAUGGUUUAAAAUAAAUCCAAGCGCCGCGCCGCGCUGCGCCGCGUCCGUGCGCGCGUGGCGGCAUUUUUAGUAAAUUUAUAAAUCCAUAACAGACUCAGAUUUUUAUCGAACAGGAAAAUAAAUAGUAGUGAAUAAGGAAAAAUUGUUAAUCUGUCUUAAAAGUUCAUAAUACUGGGAAUGUGCCAAAUGCUUUUCGAUUUACAGCAACUCCCGACCGCUGAUGUAUGUAAGACUAAAAUAAUGAGAUAUAAAUAUGAACGGUGUAAACUAAAAUAACGACUCUUUAGAGGGCAUUCUAGUCAGUUUUGUAAAUAAAAUUGUGAAUAAUGAUAGUUGUCACGUCGUAGGGACGUUUUUAUUUGUAUUAGAAAAUAAUAAGAUCUCAUUAGAUCGUGUAAGUUAAUUCAGUCAUUAAUUGAUAAUCAAUUUUAGGUAUAAAUGAAGUGCAUACUUUCUUUGUUAGCCAAUGUUCACUCGCUGUGAUUAUGUUACGUGUUGAUUAUUUAUUGUUACCGUCACGGAAUGUGAUAGCUUAAUUGAAAAGUUAACGUUAAUUUGCUGUUUUAAGUUUAUGCGUUUAACAGACAUACAUUAUAUGUAUGGGCAAUCUUUACAGUCAAAUAUAAACUUCUAUUCGUAUAACUGAAUGUUUCGGCAGUCCAAUCCACGCCUAACUACCUAGCUUAUCGUGAAAACAUUGUUUGGAGAAGUUGAAUAGUACACAGGAAUAUACUUAUUCGCAUUUAAAUACUAAAACUUAUUACUACGUUACUACUCUGAUUGUCAUAUACGUUUCUGUAAAAUAUUGAGUAUGUGUUGUUAAUGAAAAUAAAAAUAAUAAAUACCAGGAUUAUUUGA